GGAACUAUGCCAUUUGAGGUAAGCUAUCCAUCUGAUAAUGCCCCCAGACAUGAAGGAGAGCCUUUUUAUGCAUUACAUCAAUACAAGCUGAAGGUGGACAAUGAACCCUCCUUGAGCAUCCUCGUACGGGCAUUCCCCACAUUGCCACCCUCUGAUGCUGUCGGGCUGCUCAGUGGCUUUGAUUCCACGGGGCUAACGGUGUGGAAUGGGUCCCUUGCCUUGGUGGAAUGGUUGGUACGCGAACCUGCAGUGCUCCAUAGUGCUCUUUGUCGUCCGCAUCGCUCAACAUCUUUUAACUUCAGGGUGACUUUCGUGGAUCUGGGGUGUGGAUGUGGCAUUCUCUCGGUGGCGUUGUGGCACAUCAUCCGCAAUGAAAUGAAGCGCCAGGUCGACCCAACCGUCACCGCACGCAUUAUCGCUACGGAUGGAAACGAGGAAUGUGUUGCCUUGUGCGCUCGAAAUUUACAGGAGCAAUGCCGGCCUGAUACCUCUUUACCACCAUCAUGUUGUGCGUGGCAUGGGGUACAUGCUGAGGCAAGUGUAUUGAAUUGGGGUGAUGAUUCAACUGAUUUCUCCAAGUUGAUCGAAAGUUGUGACCGUAUUGUGAUUCUUUCCGCAGAGGUUAUUUACAGCUCCGAAGCGAUUCCGCUGCUGAUAUCCACCGUCUGCUCCUUGCGCAGGGCUUUUCAGGCGGGGACGCUAAAUUCCACCCCAGGUGUAAGGGCGAGCGACACCGAGCCUACUGAGUGCCCUCAGUUGCAGUGGUGGCUGCUAUACACGCCACGCAGUCUCAGCGUCUCAAGCAACAAAGCCAUUUAUGAGGCCUUGGUGGCGGCUCUCGCGGCUCAGACCUCUUGGACGUUUCAGCAAAUCGAAGCGCCUGCGGGGUCUCUUCAUUGUGGAUUUGAGAGCAACACCUUGCCAGAGGAGCUGCCCUGGUCAUUAAAGGGGUGUAUUUUUGUUGUCAAUCUGAAUUAA